CAUACGUUAUUAUUCAAAGUAGAGUAUUUUAUAUGCAUCUUAAAACAUGUCUGGAGGGGAUCUUUAAGUUAUCCACCAUAUUUUAUUGAUGUCAUGUGACUCAGGAUUGAUGUCUUCAUUGCUACUUAAAUUGUGUACAUUGUACUUUUUCCUGUAUUGUAAUACGAUAUUGCGUACAUAUUAUGUAGCCUUAUUUAUCCUGACGAACAAUAAAUAUUCGUCACUUUCUUCACAGAGCAUGCAAUGGCCUAUGUGGUAUAAAAACAACAAAUCCCAGCAUGCGCUUCGAGUUCCAGGUAUGUCACGUGACUCCCGGCGCGUGUAAACAUUGCGAGGACGCGGUUAUUUAUAAACAUUUAGUGUCUCACUGUUUCUGCGUUAACAUUGUUAAUUAUUGGCGGAGGAAACAGACGGAGGAUGGAGAUUGAAAACGCUCAGCCGUAUUUCUUUGGAGACAUCGGCUGCUGGUCAGAGAGAACAGAGGUCCACAGGGCAGCAUCCCUCGGACAGACCUCCCAGCUGCAGCAACUCAUCCAGAGCGGAGCUUCAGUCAACAUCGUGGCGGUUGACUCCAUCACACCGCUGCACGAGGCCUGCCUCCGCGGACAGGCCCAGUGCGUCCAGCUGCUGCUGGAGGCUGGAGCCCAGGUGGAUGCGAGGAACGUUGACGGCAGCACCCCGCUGUGUGAGGCCUGUUCAACAGGCAGCUUGGAGUGUGUGAAGCUCUUACUGGAGCACGGCGCCAAGGCCAACCCUGCCCUCACCUCCCGCACGGCCUCACCCCUCCAUGAGGCCUGCAUGGGAGGAAACGCCGACUGUGUGAGGCUCUUGAUUGACAUGGGUGCUCGUCUGGAGGCGUACGAUCUUUACUACGGGACCCCGCUGCAUGUGGCUUGUUCUAACAAACACACAGACUGUGUUAAAGUGCUGCUUAAUGCAGGUGCUAAAGUGAACGCUGCCAGGCUGCAUGAAACUGCACUGCACCACGCUGCUAAAAACAUGCACGUGGACAUGAUCGAGAUACUGAUGGAGUUUGGAGCCAACAUUUACGCAAGAGAUAAACACAACAAGAGACCAGUGGACUACACCACGCCGGGCUCUCCCUCUGCAGCCUGCCUACAGUCUUAUGAGGUCACUCCCGUGAGUCUGCAGCAGCUCAGCAGGCUGGCAGUGAGGAAGAAGCUCGGCACCAGCGCUCUGAAGGUCAUAGGUCAACUGGGCAUACCAAAAAUCCUCAUCAGUUACCUCUGCUACCAGUGAGCGUCACCUGAGGAGGAGCUGGAUGAGCGCUCAAAGAAAGACCAGAAACUUGCAGAGAUGCCGCACGAAUUCCGCAGCUAAGGUGCCAUUAGAUUUGAUAACAGUAGACACACAAUGUAGUGACACGAUGUUAAUUCACAUGCUUCUUAAAAACCGCACUCGCAUCUCAAGACUCACAGUGGAGCUGAGACAGAGAAGAUGGAGAUGACGUUUAUAUGCUGUAGUCGCCCGCAAUGAAAUUCAUUCUCUGAGUUCACGUAUACGCUAACAAUAUGAUUUCAACCAGGUUUAAACAUCGCUAUCAUUAAGCAGUUAUUAGAAUAAGCAAUUUUCAUUUACCAGAACUGGGAUACUUCUGUCAGUAAAUGCACAGUUCAGUCUGUGGCAUGUAAAAACACCUCAUGCCAGGGUCAGACUAUAAGAUAUCAAUCCAAUAAUGCUGAGGUGCCUUGAGAACGGGCCAAGAGUUCUGCAAGAUUCCCAUUUUUUAUUGGGUGUUUUUUUAAUAACGUUUCAAUAACGUUGACUGCAACAUUUAGAUUAAGCAAAAAACAUCAGAAUCACUGUUUUUAAGAUCUUAUUAAAUAUGCGGCAUGUCACAGCUAAUGACUCACACUCGCUGGCUGUCGUGUUGUGAGUGUUUCAGGUGUCAGAAACGGCGACGAUCACAGCGAGUGAUGGAAAGAUUUGACACUGUAAAUAAAGCUAAAACAAUGAUGAUAGCUGAACACAUUCUGAAACAACCACACUUGAGCAUUCAGACUAGUUUACAGGCAGGUUUUGGCUGCUUGGAGGGGGUUGCCAUGACGAAAAAUUUCCUAUGAAGGAGUACUGUGUUUUUAAAAAUUUUGGGAACCUCUGCAAUAAUGAUCAGACCAGACAGACUCAGGGCGUCAGUGAACAAAAAACUGCUCGUUUUAGCCCUUGUAGUGUGUCUUGGUGUGUCAACUGAUGCAGCCUUUGGGAUGCCUCACAAUGUCCCAAAAAAACAUGUCAGAAGUUAUAUUGACCCUUAAGGAGCACGUGCACAACUAUAAGCAUAGAGAAGUGAAAGAAGGAUGUUGUUGUUGAAGCCGCUCCAAUUUAACUCACCUACAUGCGUCAUUGAGUUGUAAAAGACAAGCUAAUGAUUGUUCAGGGUGCAUUGUAUCACAGCAGAAAUGUAUGAAUUUAUGACUUUAAGAUAUCAUAUAGUCUGAUCCCGGAAUUUAGUCAGACUUUUUACUGGAUUCUGAUUCAGGGCGUGCACAAGAAAACAGAACGAAAUGCAAACAAACAAACAGCAGGGAAAGUAGUGAUUGAAAACAAACAUGUCUUUUAAUGUUACAACAAACUACAAGUAACUUCCACUCUCAAUCUAUCAUAAAUAGCACAAAUACAAUGUUUCUCGUCUGCUACCACACCAGACUAUCAGGCUACACUCAGCUUUGAUAAUGGCACAGCCAGGUUAUUAUAAACCAUGUAAACACUGAUUGACAGUUAUGGUUUUAUAGCGUGCAUGUUGACACACUAGCUGGAUGUGGACACUUACAUUGACCUGCCAACAGGAAAUGAUGAAUCAAAACUUUACACGGAAAUCCAAACUGUCUCUCCUCACAAGCAGCUUCUUCCAGAAAAAGCUGCACUUGCCAGCGGCUGGUUUCCUUUGCUAUAAACCAUCACAGUCACUGGCUCAGGUUGGUAAACACACUGUGAGACAGAGAUGUUUUAGUAACCUGCUGCCGCCAAUGGAACCACCAGCAUGUAAUCUGAACUAUUAAUUGGUGCUUAAACAAUGUUUUCUAUUUAAAUAAACUAUUUAAAGAAACCUAACUUCACCACAAGAGAAGGGUGUACUAUUAAGAGCUCAGGGAGAGGAAGAAGAUAAAUGUUUUUUUUUUUAUCAAUUAAAGGUUGCUGGAUUGAAUCCUGGAUUUGCCGUGAAAAUGCAAGCAAGGCAUUAAAUCGGCAGGUCCGCUGUAAACGCAGAGUAGCGGUUAAAAUGUGAAAUGAGACAUUGUACGAAUGCGUGCUCAGUCAACAUUCCCCGGAUAACUUGAGGAUAAAAGUACCAUCCACAGGAAUACCAAGCAGUGUUGUUGUCACAGCAGCACUCACAGUGACACCCUCCAGAUGCUGCUUCGCUUCAUCUCAGAUUCCUGUGAUUCAACCCCGCGCCUGGCGACAGUCUUUGUUUGAUACAGGCGGCGAAGUUUCGAGGAGACUAUCUGUCUAUUUAUAGUGUCGCGUCUGUUGCUCCACUCAAUCUGCUUAUAGAGACGACCCAGAGACAGCUCAGUGAGGUCUUGAUAUUUUUAGCAGGAAGUGCAGGAAGCUGUUUAUGAAUUCCAUAAAGUGCUUCAGAUUGCUUUAUUGGCUCUCUUCUAGGUUGGCGUGACCUGUUUUGGAGAUUUCAUAACUUGUAUUUAUCCUGUGAGAUUGAAUCAGGCCUAACAUCUGCUUUGUCAUUCUUUUUACGCAUGCUUGUUUAAAAGUCGUGUAUUUUGAGCUCAGGUGUGAUCUCCGUCUGUUUCUGCUCAGACCAAACGCAUAAAUCGAUCGAUCUCAACUUAAACAGCGACGCACAUUCCGUCUUUUUUACAGUGAACUUUAACUUCAGGACACUGUUCAUAUUAAAGCAGCAUCAGGUCAGACUUUCAUGUGAAGCAGCAUCACUUCAUCACUAACUGACAAGCUCUGGCGUUGCUCUGUUUGCACAAAUGAAAUUUGGCAGGUAGUGACUGACAUUUCUUCACAAUCAGGAAGUGUCAAAUUCACAUUCACAGCACAAGGAAGCAGAUAUCAUUAGAGCUCAACUGAUACGGGAUUUUAUAGCCUUUCUUACACAAACAAACAUUUAAAUUAGUUUUUUUCAACAAUUGAAACAAAGUUAUGUACCUUGGAGACAUUUUACAGUUGAAAAAUGAACUGUGGAGACACUGUUUCAAAGUGACCUCAAACAUAUCUUCAGCAUUUCUGUACUAACAUUUCUUGCUACGUAUUGAUCGACACAUAUGGCAAUGCUGUCUUCCAUAAGAUAAUAUGGGAUGAUUUACCACUUUAGCUCUAAUUAUUAUUGCAUCAUAUGCAGUUGACAGAUGAGACAGAUUUGUAUGUAUUGGUAGGAACCUCCUAUGUGUAAAAUUUGUUGCUGUUGAACAAAAAGCCUUUUAAUGUGAAUGACUACUAACCUACUGUUUAACGUUUAUUUAUUAAUAUGUAUAUUUUAAUUUUGAGUGUGUGCCACCACCACAAAAACCUGAGAUGGGGAUAUCCAGUAACUGUACCUCUGUUGUCAUGGAUUCCAACAAACACUAAUGCUGUAUACAGUAUAUAACAAAACUGAGUACACCCCUGGUCAAUAUCUCUAAAAUGUUAAUUACAAAUCCUGACCAUUUAAUACGAUUUUAUUUGUUUUUAGAUAAUACCCAAGAAUGUGCUGUCAUUCUUCACAGAUAAUUCUUUUCAGCUGCUCUUUGCUGGAGGGAUUUUGUUGCUCUACUUUCUGCUUUAAAAAACUCUACAGGUGUUCUAUUGGAUUCAAGUCAGCAGACAUACUUGGCCAGGUCAUCGUCUUGUCUUUAAAAACUCUUGUGUGUUUGGAAUCAUUGUCACGUUGGAUCAUUUCUCUCCUGACAACCUUCUUGACACUGAGAGUCAUCUUUUCAUUCAGUUGGAUAUAUAAACUUGCAUUCAUAGUGCCAUCUAUAAAUGUCAUCUCCCCUACACCUUUUGCACUCAUGCAGCCCCAUAUCAGCACGCUCUGACCUCCAUGUUUCACGGUCGGCACUAUGCAGUCACUGCGGUACUCCUGGCCAAGUCUACGCCAAACAUGCUGGAUCCCAUCUGAUCCAAACUUUUAUUUUGUUUUCAUCUGAACAAAGAAUGUGCUGCCAGUAUUCAGCAGGAUUCUUUUCAUGUUCUCGUGCCAUUUUGUGAGCAAUGGUUUUCUUCUUGGACGUCGUUCAUAGAGGUUGACUUCAUGCAACCUCUGACUGAACAGUCACUGAAACACCAGUUUCCACAGAUAAUUCUUGUGCCAAGUCAGCAGCACUUGCUCGUCGAAUGCAAGGCUGCAUAAAUAGCGAAUUUUGCUUGCUUCUGUUAUUGGUAGUACCUCCUAACCACUGCUGCAACUAUGUUCUGGCUUCUGUCCAGUAGCCUGCUGAUCUUGUACCGUCUCUCAUCUUUAUGAAGUCUCACAAUCUGGUUUAUUACUUGUUCAAACUAUUCCUCACCAUGUGGAGCCAUGUUGCAUGAGACACAACCCAGACCAAAAGUGAGAAAGUUGUGGUGUUCAUGGGUUUAAUUUACAACCUUGUUCAGACAAUUAGUCUUAAUUGGAAGCCACAUGUGUACUCACUUUUGUUGCACUGAGGUUGUACUUUGAGGCCUGUAUUUUCAAUGUAGUCUAUCUAACUUUUUGGUUUUAAUCAUAAAUAAGAUCAAAUACCCUGCACUUCACCCUAAAAAUACUACAAUUAUUGUAAGAUGAUACAAUUUUGAAUCAUUCAACAUUUUCUUGAUAUUGCACAGGGGCGUACUCCGUUUUGUUAUAUACUGUUUAUCAUAUCAGGGUUAUUGUAAUUACGAGUUUCCAACUUGUAAAUAGUGUUCUCGUCAACAUCCAAGUCAUCAUUACAACUCAGAUAUUUCUGAAAGCUCAGAUAUGAAGAGCCUCAAAGUCAAGCAAACAGGGACAAUUCAUUACAACCAGAGUCCAUCGUUCCAGGAGAUUAAAGCCGUAUUUACCAGAUACGGUGGUAUACUGGCAAUGUGCAGUAUUUUUAACUUUCACUUGAUCAACUCCAUAAUAAUACAGCUGUUUUGAAAUUGCCUGUGACGUGAACACUCACAAGUUGUAAACAUUGGAGCCUUUCCCAUCUCCGCCAUCCAUCACAUGUGACGUGAGCACAGCAUUAUGGGCAUUUUUGCACAUCUGUAUCACCAGACGACACCAACUUAGAUACAGAACGAUUUGGCGAAACCUCUGAUUACGUUCGCUGAUGUACUUUUAUGUCCAAAAAAUGUCUCUCUUUCUAUGAUACCUUUCUUGUAUGACUUACAAACUGCAAAGUAGCAGUGAGCAUUUCCAUAAAAAGCCGAACUCUCGUGUCUUAAGAUCUUUGUUAUCUCUUUCAUUUUUUUCCCGUCAGUAUAAAGUAUAAAACACCAUCCAGGUGCAGUUUACUGACGUCAUUCUUCAGGAUUUUGGGGUGUUUCAGCUCACAAUUUCCAAACAUUUUUGCUUGGACGUGGAGCUGCCAGCGGGCAGAGUUACCUCGCUCUGCUUUGAAGAGCAAGAGGCCAUCUGUCUGCUUUCAUGGAGGUCUGCACCUGUGUGUUUACCGUUUGUCUGACAGCUCUUUACAAAACAUUCAAAAGCAAUAUCUCAUGAUUUCAGACCCUCGUCCAAAUCUCUCGGUUUACUCCCCUCAUUUCACUUUCGCCCUGAAUGUGCCCAGGCUGCUCCAUUCUGGCUUAAAUAUGGAGCUCGUCUGCCUCACUCCAUAAAUAUGCCAAACUGUUGCAGUUUGUUCAAUCAAAAUAUAAAUUUCUCGAAAACAAUCUUCCAUCAUUACAAGAUAUUUGGAAUAGUUUUCAUGAUGGAAAACAGUCUUGUUCACUAUAAUCUUAGCCUGUAAAUAAUCUUAAAGCAAAGAUAUCUGGCCUUUACAAUACUUCUUAACAUGGAGCGUUCCCCUUUAAGACUUGCUAAAAUAUCUGACCCUGAUACAGAUGGGGUUUCUACUUAUAGCUUAAAAUAACUAUCCCAAAAACAUGGUUGGUUUCAAAGCACUUUAAGCCUGCAGAAAGGACUGGAAAAAGCAGAGGAGAGGAGGGCAGGCAUGCAGGGAAUGUCCAGUUAUCUAAGAUGAAAAAUGGUCCUUGCUCCAAAAUAGGAAUGUUGAACUUUGGGUUGAACAACAGAGUGGUUGGUUUGUUUUUAAAGUUUCUUCUCAGUUCGUCAGAUUAAAUGGCACUGGCAGGACUCUCACUUAAUGUGUUGUCUAAUUAAAGUGAGUAAAGUCCCAUUUAAUCUGCUCAGUUGUUCAGAACACAAUGAUUUAUCUGUUGAAGGUGCUAAAAAAAACAGAUGAAUCGUCCCAUAAAAAAGUGUCAUAAAUAUUUAUCUUAUUAAACUGUACAGAAUUGUUGCUCUGAUUAUGAUGAAUAAAUUGUUCUGAUGA